AUGUAUCUUAAAAGCAUCAAAGCAGAAUUUGCAUCUGUGGAAAAUCCUUAUGUAAAAAUGUUCAAUUUUGGUGGUGUAAUCCUAUCCGAAACCUUAGUUUUGACCACUGCCUGCAAGAUGGACCUGUACAAGUUUCCCUUUGAUGUCCAAACAUGCGAGCUGACAGUUCAGUCUUCAUUGAAUUCAAUCGAUGAGCUUACAGUCAGUCCAUUUUCUGAUGCCUCAUUUAUGACUGCCAGCUCUAAGAAAUCUUUUCAAACUCAAGGGGAGUGGGAACUCCUCAGCAUUACCGUGUCUAAAUCCAAUAUGUCUACUCUUGGAUAUGUAUUGGAUCAGCUGAAAUUUCAGAUCAACAUAAAACGGAGACCUCUACUGUAUAUCAUCAACUUCAUAUCACCAGUGUUUUGCUUUCUUGUGUUGGAUGUGGCCUCAUUCUUCAUGAAUUCAGCAGAAGGAGAGAAGCUGGGCUUUAAAGUGACUUUACUUUUGGCGAUUUCUGUGUUACUGCUCAUUCUUAAUGACACGCUGCCCUCCACUGCCAAGGAGGUCCCAUUGAUCGGGGUUUUCUGCAGCGUGAUUUUCAUUCUCAUUGGUAUCAGCAUUCUGGAGAGCAUUCUUGUGGAUUUUCUGAUGGCGAAAGGAGAUCAGAUUGAGGAUUUCACAUCUACUGUUACUGACACUGCAAAAGAUUCAAACUGCCUAGCGGACCCAGAAACAGAUCAAAGUGAAGAGCGGUUAAGCACCCUGGACUGUCUGAAACAAAUCCUCAUUGAGUUUCGGAAUGCAGCCAAUCCCAAAGGUGACACGAGGACAACCAGGUGCUGGCACAAAGCGGCAAUGAUAAUCAACGUUACUUUCAUUGUUGUCUACAUUCUCACCAUCGUUGUCUUCCUUAUUGUAGUUAGUAAAGCUUGGUUCACAGAGUGA